AGCGUUGAGUUUCACCGUGACAGGUUCUGAUUGGUUGUUGAGGUCGAUCUUCGCGCUGUUAGUGAGGAUCUAACUCAUAUCGACGUUGGUUGUUUGUAACGCGAAAGCAAAUCCUUAACUUUCCAGUUCGGCAUUUGUGUCUCAAGGAAGCUUAAACCGACAGCGGCAUCUCGACAUGACGUCAUCGGCUCCGUGCAACGGGAGUCGGAGAGCAUUCAGUCAAAGCGGAAAGAAAGACAAAGUAUUCCAGCCUCCAGAUCUCAGACAAAUCACCAUACUAAAGCAAACCGGCUGGCACAGGAUUCAAGAUGAAAUGAACGGGGUCGAUAAAGAAAAGGAGCGUCUUAGAGAGGCAGCCAAACGCAGGGAGGCCCUGCACCUGCAGUCCAAGGAAAUUGUUAAGCUCUGGCCUGACACUAUUGCUGGUCAAAGGCAAAAAAAGCUGGAGGCUAAGAAGCUCCGAGAGGAGAUGGAGGAGGAAAAGAGGAAAGAAAUGGCUGCAGAGGAAGCCAAAUACAAGGAAGAAGAGCAAAAAGAGGCCCUGGCGAAAGCCAGAACUCAGCUGUAUUAUCAAAAUGACCGGGUGAAAGGACUAAACCGUGCACUCCUGCACACAGAGGUGCUGAAAGAGAGGGAGGCUCAAACAGAGCUCAAGCAAAGGAUGAAAAGUGCCACUGAAGGCAUGGAUAAAAAGUUCCUGGAAAUAAUGACAACCAGAAACAGUGAAGCCCUGAGGAAAGAGCAGGAAAAGGCUGUGCAAAAGAAGCUUGAGAGACAGACAGUAGCAGAAGACUUGAAAAACCAAAUAAAGGCCAACGAGUUUGCGCGGGAGCAACAGAAGCUGGAAAUCAAGAGGGACGCUGAGGAAAUCCAGCAACUUCAGGAGCGUCAUCAGAGGGAGCAAAGAAUGGAGUCCGAGCGGCAAGCCAACCAGAAGAGGAGCCUCAUGAACGCUCACCUGGUCAGUCAGAAAAGACCAGAUUGCACAUUCUUUGCGUCCAGACUUUACGGUCUGUUUAUUUGUACGUUUUGUGUCCCUCAGGAUCAUCUCAAUAGUAGGGCACUAAGAAAAGAGCAAGAGGCGCAAAAGCAGAAGGCUGAAGAGGAGCAGAUGAAACUCUUUCUUUCAGCCAAGGAGCAAAUGACAAAGCUACGGAAGCAAAGAGAGAAAGAGUUAUUUAGUGAAGUUCAGCAGCGAAGAGAGAGGAUUUUGAACAAGCUGACAGCCACGCAGCAGGAGCAGGCCACAAACGAGGAGCAGAGGAUCGCUAAAGCUCUGGCUGAGUGGGACGCAAGACAGGCGCAACUGCAGCUGGAGGAGGAGCGGAAGAAGUCUGAGAUGUUGAAGUCGAUAGCUGCACACAGGGAGCUUUUGAGAAAGGAAAAGGAGCACUUGGAUAAAAUUGCAGAGCAGGAAACCCGAGACGCUCUGCAGGCAAAGAGAGAAGCCGACAAAAUAUAUGCCAAGAAGCAACAACUGAAGGCCGAGAAAAUGAGGGAAGAACAAAGAAAAUUGCACGACUUCAAUGUUGCACAGAUGGCAGAAAGAAGCGCCAGACUUCAGCAGAUGAAAGACGAGGAACGAGAUUUUGAAGCGACGAGCGCAAAGCUCAGCGCCGAAGAAGAACUCAAGUUUCAGCAGUAUUCACAGCACAUCAUCAAGGCAGCAGCAGAGGCCAGGAGAAAUUUGAUUCCACUUUACAAAGCCACGAGAGAAGGAGUGGGAGGCGGGCACGGCCCCGUUUUCAGCGGGGUUCGGCCCAGCUACCUCGUCCAGGACAGCACUGGAGCUCAGAUGCCCAGAUACGUGUCCAUCACCACAGAGAGCAUCAGAAAGCUGAACGAGGCUGGAGACAUUCACGAGGCAAAGAAGAGACUGGGCUUCACCUGGUGAAUUUUGUAAGAUUUUGUCACUAGGGCUGCAACUAUUAUUUUAGUGAUCAACUAUGUUAUUGUAGAAUCAGAUAAAGUGUGUUGAUUUGCAAUUAUCCAUCACAGAUCAAAUAUCAGUACCGCAGGACUCACUUCUUUUAGUGCAUAUUUGCUUCAUUGUAUAGCUGAAGACUGUUUGGUCUCAAACUGAGCUGUUAUCAAACGGAAAACUGAAAAAUUUGAGGUAAAAAGUCCAACUCUGGGAUGUUUAGUCUUGAAUUUAACUAUAGUUUAUAAAUGGACAAAGCGAUUAUAUAGCAUGUUGACCAGGAAACGUCAAGAACCUAAAAUAGCAGGUCAACAUGGAGCAGAUAAGCAGUUUCAUUUCCAUGUGUCAAAGUAUACAAACAUACAGUCUCAGCCAUCUUCAAGUUUAGGUUUUUAUUAUUGUCAUUUUGAUUUGAAGUAAUGUUUUGGACUCUUACAGUAUAUAAAAACAAAGAAACCAAGCUUUAUAAUUUAAUCAGCACCCUCACAUUUUUUUUCCAAGAAAGAAAUUGUACAUUUGUUUUUCAUUCUAAAUAAAGAUGACAGAAUUACAGUAAAGGUUUGGCAGAGUAAAAAAAAAAGAAACAA